AUGCGGCGGCAGCUGCAGGGGCUCGAGUCGGAAGCCGCCGAGAAGCAGCAAGCCGCGGGCCGCCUGUUCGGCUUCCUGGGGAUCGGGGCGGGCGAGGCGCAGGCCGGGGAGGCGGCGGCAACGGAGGCCGAAUCAAAUGGCAACGGAAUGGGCCAG